GAGAUGUCUUGGCGGGGUGGCGCUGGGCGGGGCGUCGACCCUCCGCUAUAAAGCGGUCCCGGGGGAGUGCAGAGAAAGGGGGGGUCUAGGUGGCCCGAGGAGGAGUAGCUUCGGGUGAAGAUGGCGGCAGCCGAGGCCGCGAACUGCAUCAUGGAGGUCUCCUGUGGCCAGGCGGAGAGCACAGACAAGCCCAACGCCGAGGACAUGACGUCCAAAGAUUACUACUUCGACUCCUACGCUCACUUCGGCAUCCACGAGGAAAUGCUGAAAGACGAGGUGCGCACCCUCACCUACCGCAACUCCAUGUUCCACAACCGGCACCUCUUCAAAGACAAGGUGGUGUUGGACGUGGGCUCAGGGACGGGCAUCCUCUGCAUGUUCGCCGCCAAGGCCGGGGCCCGCAAGGUCAUCGGGAUUGAGUGUUCCAGUAUUUCCGACUACGCGGUGAAGAUUGUCAAAGCCAACAAACUAGAUCAUGUGGUGACCAUCAUCAAGGGGAAGGUGGAGGAGGUGGAGCUGCCUGUGGAGAAGGUGGACAUCAUCAUCAGCGAGUGGAUGGGCUACUGCCUCUUCUACGAGUCUAUGCUCAACACCGUGCUCUACGCCCGGGACAAGUGGCUGGCACCCGACGGCCUCAUCUUCCCCGACCGAGCCACACUGUACGUGACGGCCAUCGAGGACCGACAGUACAAAGACUACAAAAUCCACUGGUGGGAGAACGUCUAUGGCUUCGACAUGUCCUGCAUCAAAGACGUGGCCAUCAGGGAGCCGCUGGUGGACGUGGUGGACCCCAAGCAGCUGGUCACCAACGCCUGCCUCAUAAAGGAGGUGGACAUCUACACAGUCAAGGUGGAGGACCUCACCUUCACGUCCCCCUUCUGCCUGCAAGUGAAGCGCAACGACUACGUGCACGCGCUGGUGGCCUAUUUCAACAUCGAGUUCACCCGCUGUCACAAGAGAACCGGCUUCUCCACCAGCCCCGAGUCCCCCUACACACACUGGAAGCAGACGGUGUUCUACAUGGAAGAUUACCUGACGGUGAAGACGGGCGAGGAGAUCUUCGGCACCAUUGGCAUGCGGCCCAAUGCCAAAAACAACCGCGACCUGGACUUCACCAUCGACCUGGACUUCAAGGGCCAGCUGUGUGAGCUGUCCUGCUCCACCGACUACCGGAUGCGCUGAGGCCGCCCCUGGCUCUCCCACCCCGGCCGGGCCGGCCCUGCAGGGCCCAGGGGCUGCGAUCUUAGGCGGUUUUCGGGGCUCCCUCUUCCUCUCCCCUCCGAAGGGGGUUUUAGGGGGCCUGGGCUGGGAGGGGGGUGAGGGUACAUCGUGACUGUGUUUUUCAUAACUUAUGUUUUUAUAUGGCUGCAUUUACGCCAAUAAACCUUCAGCUGGGACGA